UCCGGGCGCCACUUCCUACUUACCGGCCAGCUCGUUCCGCUCAUUCAUCAGCGACCUUUCGACGGUUUGUUCUGCGGGGUUUAUGAUCGGUGGACCGCUCCGCAGCCUGUGUAAAAAAGCCCCGAGGAUUUUUCUCGCCAUGAAACCGCAGGUUGUGUUCGUCCUGGGCGGACCCGGAGCCGGAAAAGGAACCCAGUGCGCCAAAAUUGUCGAGAACUACAGCUACACCCAUCUGUCUGCUGGAGACCUGCUGAGAGAGGAGCGCAACCGGCAAGGCUCCGAGUCCGGACAGCUCAUCGACCGCUACAUCAAAGAGGGAAAGAUUGUCCCUGUGGAGAUCACCAUCAACUUACUGAAGACGGCAAUGGAGGAGACCAUGAAGAAGGAUGAGAACAAGUUCCGCUUCCUGAUCGACGGCUUCCCGCGUAACGAGGACAACCUGCAGGGCUGGAUAAAGGUCAUGGACGGCAAAGCGGACGUCAAAUUCAUCCUGUUUUUUGACUGCAGCACUGAAGUUUGUAUCAACCGGUGUCUAGAAAGAGGGAAGAGCAGCGGCAGGACUGAUGACAACAAAGAGAGUUUGGAGAAAAGGAUCCAGACGUACCUGCAGUCCACACGGCCAAUCAUAGAGCAGUACGAGAAGCAGGGUAAAGUGCGCACCAUUGAUGCCUCAUGCUCCGUCAGUGAGGUUUUCACCGACGUCAAGUCAGUCUUCGAUCGAGAGGGUUGAACCUGCUGACUCCGCCCCUUCAGCGAUGCUACACUUCAUUUAUUCACACCUUUAUCUUUUUAUUCAUUUAACUAUAUUUUUGUUUAGGAGCGAGUGUGUGUGUGUGUGUGUGUGUGUGUGUGUAAGGGGGACAUUCUGUCAUCAUUUCCACUUAAUGCCCAAGAGGAAGAGUAUUCCUCUAGAAGUAGAGCAAUAGAGUCCAAAUUAAAGGGCAAAUUUUCAAUAGGAAUGGUAUUUAGUACUUAUAGUACUCUUAGUUCAAAGGGAUUUGGCGUUUUAAUCUGUGGCCAUAUGGAUGAGUGUGUGUCAUAUCGUUAUUAUGUUCUUCUUCUUAUUAUUAUUAUUGCUGUUAUUGUUAUUAAUAAUAACCACCUUGAGCAGCGAUCACAGGGGGCCAAGCACCGAUAGUGCUGCUGUGGCUAAAUUACCAUUUAAAGAGUACAUUAAAAAUGGUUCUUAAUUUAAUUUUAAGUAGGGUCGCAGAACAUGGACACAAUAUUUUAUUGUGAUGACCGUCGACACAAUAUAUUAAAGAGGAA